UGACAAAAUGGAACCCACCAGCAGUGUGAGGAGACCUGAAAGUGGCACAUGGCAGAGUGUGGCGAUGGAGACAGCAGCAAUGGGAGGCCGUACAGGGACCCAUGACACACUCUGGACCUGGCAGCAGCAUGAGGAGGCGGUACAGGGCCCAUGACAGAUUACGGGCCUGGCAGCAGCAUGAGGAGUCGGCCGUAAUCUGCCAGCACCCUAUGACAAAAUGGAACCCACCAGCAGUGUGAGGAGACCUGAAAGUGGCACAUGGCAGAGUGUGGCGAUGGAGACAGGCAGCAUCAAUGGGAGGCCGUACAGGGACCCAUGGGACACACUCUGGACCUGGCAGCAGCAAGA